AUGAAUCGAUUGAUGCUUGGCGCGCGAAUUCUCCAAUCUGGCGGUGUCAAGAAAGAUGAUGGUGAAUCAUUCAACAUCUUCAAAGAACUGAAUAAUGCAGAGAGUAAUUUGUGCCGAGUCUUGCUGAUGGUCCAAGGCGUGCUGUUUGUCCUAGCGCUGUGCUCCCGGACUUGGGGCUUCCAAGACGUCGCUGAUGCCUUGGCCUUGGUCACGGUGCUGUUGGCUCACUCAUUGAUUCGCCGUGCGGUCUUGUCCAUGCUGGCGAAGCGCAUCUCCAUGCACGUGCUGAUGUUCCUCGUGUUGCUGGGCUCGUUGUAUCUGCAGCAGUUCACCGAAGCGGCCACCGUGGCCUUCCUGGUGAACGCCUCCGAGUGGAUCGUGGGGAAGUCCCAACAGGCCGUGGAGCGGGAGCUCGGCAAGAGCCUCGUGGGCACCGCGAGCCACGCCACGGUGCUGACGCCCGCGCCCGAGCGGAGUCAACGCUCCGUGCUCAUCGAGGAGUUGAAACCGAAAGAUGUGGUGCUGCUCAAGACCGGCAACACUGUGCCUACAGAUGGUGUGCUGCUCAAGGCACAGGGCUUCACGGUGAACGAGGCCAGUGUCACUGGAGAGGCCUUACCAGUGGAGAAGUUCAAAGGUGAGAAGCUCUUGAGUGGCACCGUGGUGACCGCGGGGGUAGCGGAGAUGGAGUGCACCUCCAGUGCCAAGGAGUCCUUCCAGGGCAAGAUCCAGGCAGCUGUUCAGGAUGCUCGAAGUUCCAGGUCGGAGAUGGAGGAUUUGGUGAACCGCUUCGCAGAGAUCUACACCCCGGUGGUGGUGCUUUUGUCUCUGGCUCUUGCACUUUGGAGCUCUGACCUCACACAAGGCCUUACAGUCUUGGUCUCCGCGUGUCCCUGCGCGGUGGUGGCCGCUGCCCCAGUGGUGCAGUCCUGCGCCUUUGUGCGGCUGCUUUCGGACCUUCAGGUGCUGGUCAAGGACGCCCGGGCCUUGGAUUGCUUCGCACAUGUGGAGCGUUUGGGCACUGACAAGACCGGGACCUUGACGAAGGGCAGCUUCGAGCUGGCAGAUGUCGUGGUGAUGCCAGGCCAAAGCGAAAGGAGGGACCUCUUGAAGCUUCUGGCGGCACUCGAGUCCCAGGACUCGCACCCCUUGGCCAACUCGCUGGUCCGCAGCUACGUGGGCUGCGCCGCCACCUUCGCCGAAAGCUCGGCCAAAGGUGUGGUGAAGCUGCCCAAGGUGGAGCGCUUUACCCGAGUGGAGUCGCAGGGGAUUUGGGGGAUCAUCGACGGACAGGUCAUCGGUGCCGGCAGCCGUCGCUUUUUGGAUUCCAUGGCCAUCGAUGUGCCGAAGGAAGGCGAAGCGAAGGUGAAAGAAUGGGAGCAGCAAGGAGGCGUUUCCACCAUCGUGUACAUGACCGUUGAGGACGACGUGGCCAUGAUCCUGCGCCUGGAAGACGAGCUGCGCGAGGACGCCAAGGCAGCGAUUGCCACGCUGCAGACCCUCGGUGUCUACGUGGCGAUGCUCACGGGCGACGAGCGCAAGGCGGCCGAAGCGGUGGGUGCUGCGCUGGGCAUCAGCGAGAGGCGCUCCAAGCUCACGCCCGGUGACAAGGAGAAUUGGAUUCGUGGUGAUGCGAACAACCUGGAGAGCGGCCUCCAUCAGCCCUUGCUGAACAAUACACAGGCUGUCAAAGCUACCUGCAUGCUGGGCGACGGCCUCAACGACGGCCCCGCGUUGGCGGCGGCGGAUUUGGGCGUGGCCAUCGCCAGCGGCCUGCAGCUGCCUUGUGAUGCGGCGGAUGUGGUGAUUGGCAGUGGUGGGCAGAUGCUGCAGCGCUUCGUCCAAGCGCUACACUUUGCCAAGAAGUGCAAGGACCUCAUCAGACAGAACCUGGCCUUCGCCAUCUUGGUGAAGCUCACAGCCUUGACUCUGGCCUUCACUGGACAUCUUUAUCUCACGCUUGGCGUUCUCAGCGACAGCGGAAGCCUGUUGCUGGUCAUGUUGAACAGCCUCAGACCACUGACCUGGGGAUUUUUGCAGAUGGAAGCAUCGACCGCUGAUCGCGAGCGUCAGUGGCAUGAAGACCGGCUCACUCGGGCCCAAGAGACAGAUCUACGCCUCUUGGCCGAGAAACCAACCGAGCCGGGUCGGAGACAGGGUCGGGUGGCGGGGUCGAAGAAGGAGCUGGUGGACGAGGUGUCCCGACUGAACAAAGAGGCCAAUGACAUCCAGCAGGACAACAACGUCUACGCCUCUCUGGAGAAGCGCUAUGACUCGCUGGUGAAGACGGUCCGUUCGUUGGAGGGGGAUCUGGCAGAUCACAACUUGGCCACCGACAAGCAACGCACCGACACGAGGCCGGAGGAGGUUCAUCACAUGUACACCAUCAUGAAGUCUCAGAAUGAGCAGCAACGUGCCGACGUGGAUCAGAUCUUCCUGGAGAAACGGAGCCACGAAGAGGAGAUCGGCCGCGCCCCGACCGCGAGUGAGCGUGACGGAUCAUCUCCGGACCGUCCCCAAGAGUGA